GCCCCGCAGCGCGCAGCCGCAGCGCCGCCAGCAUGCGCGCCGAGGCCCGCGGCGGCCUGGAGCGCUUCUGCAGUGCGGGCAAGGGCCGGGGGCUCCGCGCGCUGCGGCCCUUCCACGUGGGCGACCUCCUCUUCUCCUGCCCGGCCUACGCCUGCGUGCUCACCGUGGGCGAGCGGGGCCACCACUGCGAGUGCUGCUUCGCCAGGUACGCGGGGACCGUGCGGGCGGGAGGGGCCACGCGGGGCCACAAGGAAGACUGGCCCCUGCACAAGCUGGAAUGCUCGUCCAUGGUUGUUUUGGGGGAGAACUGGAAUCCUUCGGAGACUGUGCGGCUCACAGCAAGAAUUCUGGCCAAACAGAAAAUCCACCCAGAGAGGACACCUUCAGAGAAACUGUUGGCUGUGAGGGAGUUUGAGUCACAUCUGGACAAGCUAGACAAUGAGAAGAAGGAUCUUAUCCAGAGUGACAUCGCGGCUCUCCACCAGUUCUACUCCAAGUACCUGGAAUUCCCUGAUCACAGCAGCCUCGUGGUGCUCUUCGCCCAGGUGAACUGUAAUGGCUUCACUAUUGAAGAUGAAGAGCUCUCUCAUUUGGGAUCGGCGAUAUUUCCUGAUGUUGCAUUGAUGAAUCACAGUUGCUGCCCGAAUGUCAUUGUGACCUACAAAGGGACCCUGGCAGAAGUCAGAGCCGUACAGGAGAUCCACCCAGGAGACGAGGUGUUCACCAGCUAUAUCGACCUGCUGUAUCCAACAGAAGAUAGGAACGACCGGCUAAGAGACUCCUAUUUCUUUACCUGUGAGUGCCGGGAGUGUACAACCAGGGACAAGGACAAAGCCAAGGUGGAAGUCCGGAAGCUCAGCAGCCCGCCGCAGGCAGAAGCCGUCAGAGACAUGGUCAGAUAUGCGCGCAAUGUCAUCGAGGAGUUCCGGAGGGCCAAGCACUACAAAUCCCCUAGUGAGCUGCUGGAGAUCUGCGAGCUUAGCCAGGAGAAGAUGAGCUCCGUGUUUGAGGACAGCAAUGUGUACAUGCUGCACAUGAUGUACCAGGCCAUGGGUGUCUGCCUGUACAUGCAAGACUGGGAGGGAGCCCUGAAAUACGGGCAGAAGAUCAUCAAGCCGUACAGUAAGCACUACCCCGUGUACUCCCUCAACGUGGCCUCCAUGUGGCUGAAGCUGGGAAGACUGUACAUGGGUCUGGAAAACAAAGCGGCCGGUGAGAAGGCCCUGAAGAAGGCCAUUGCCAUCAUGGAGGUAGCUCACGGCAAGGACCAUCCGUACAUCUCUGAGAUCAAGCAAGAGAUUGAGAGCCACUGACUGCACCCCAGCUUUCCGUCUGCAACCUCACUCACAGGACUUGAAUAUUUCCGACCUCAUGGGUCACCCCCAGCCUUGUGCAAAGCCUUGCCGUGCUGUAUUUCAGGUUCACGUUCAGCUCUGACCUUAAGCUCAUUUCCGAUGCUUGCCUUCUCUCUAAAGGCCAUGGCAUGAGUUCACAGAAUAUAUAUUUUGGGCAGAUUGAGCUUUAAAAAUGUAACGAUUUUUCCCUCUGUGCCUGUAGGAAUGCUCUGCGGAGCUGACCGAGGAAGAAUAAAAGCGCCAGUC